UUGAUUUGACCAAAAGGCAGCUAACCAGCGGUGACGCCGUACAGCGGGCGGGGACAUCCGCAGUAGUAAGAUAGCUAAUAACAUGGCGAAGACUUACGAUUACUUGUUUAAACUACUUUUAAUCGGCGAUUCAGGCGUCGGAAAGACCUGUGUGCUAUUCAGAUUUUCAGAAGAUGCCUUCAACUCAACGUUUAUCUCUACUAUAGGUAUUGACUUCAAGAUCAGAACAAUAGAAUUAGAUGGAAAGAAGAUCAAGCUACAGAUAUGGGAUACAGCAGGACAGGAGAGGUUCAGAACCAUCACAACAGCCUACUAUAGAGGAGCCAUGGGCAUCAUGUUAGUGUAUGACAUUACUAACGAGAAGUCCUUUGACAACAUCAAGAACUGGAUACGGAAUAUAGAAGAGCAUGCGUCAGCAGAUGUAGAGCGGAUGGUCCUUGGGAACAAAUGUGAUGUCAAUGACAAGCGACAGGUGUCCAAAGAAAGAGGAGAGAAGCUGGCGCUGGAGUACGGUAUCAAGUUCAUGGAAACCAGCGCAAAAGCGAACAUCAAUGUGGAGAAUGCCUUCUUAACCCUCGCCAGAGACAUCAAAGCAAAAAUGGACAAGAAACUGGAGGGCAACAACCCGCAGGGCAGCAGUCAAGGAGUAAAGAUAACAGAACAGCCCAAGAAGAGCAGUUUCUUCCGCUGCACACUCCUGUGAGGAGACGGGAGCGUCGGCAUCCACCAUCGCCUUAACUGUGUCCCCCACUGGACAGAACUGGACAGAGCACACUCUGAUCUCUCUUUUACCUUUCUUCAUGUGUCUUCCUCCUUCUCGACUGAUUGUCCUGUGCUUAUCUAUCGUAGCAAAAACAAAAGUUUAUUACUCCUUUGGAUAACCAGUCUUCCCUUGACACCAGUGAAUUUAAUUACUGUGGCCUCUGUUACAUACUAAAUCAGAUACCUUUUUUUUUU